GGCGGCUAUAGUCAUAGUCGCAGUUGAAAACUAAAAGCGCUUGCAAUUGAUCAUAUGGCGGUUGCCUCAAGCCGAUUAUAAGAGGAUAUAUAAAUUCGCUAUAAUGUCGUUGACAUCGCUUGGCGUAAGUGCUGGCUUUAUUCUCGGCUGCUGCAUUACGGCGCAGAUAGCACGCCGUGUAAGUAGACGACUACUGAAGACUGAUGGCAUUGUGCCCGUGCUGAUGAACGAAGCCAUAGCAGCGGCUGAGCUGUGCGCCUGUUGCUUUGAGCUUAUCAUAGUUGCUGACAACUUUGGCGUGGCGGCCUAUGCCAUUAUUUUGUUUCUUUUAACGGUCUGGUGGGGCAAGGUUUGGGGUGAUGCCUCCGCCUGUCCAUACACUCACAUGGAGGACAUGCUGGAGGGGCAGACAAGCUUUAAGGAAAUGGCACUGCGCACCUGGGCUGAGCUAAUGGGUGGCUGUUGUGUCUAUCGCAUUGUGCAGGUAUUUUGGUGGCUGGAGUUUGCCGACACGCACAAGGGACGCGCCUUCGAGGAGUGCAAUGCCGAUUUACAGGUGAGCCCCUAUUUGGGAGCGGUCAUUGAAGGUGUGGCCACGCUGCUUUGCCGCCUGGCAUCCAAAACGUUGAGCGUACAGCAGCCGAAAUUCAGCAGCUACAUUGACUCCUUCAUCGGCACCAGCCUUGUGGUGGCAGCUUUUAAUUUCUCUGGCGGCUACUUUAAUCCAGUGCUAGCCACAGCACUCAAAUGGGGCUGCCGCGGCCACAGCAAUCUGGAGCACAUCAUUGUCUACUGGAUUGGCGCCUGCCUGGGCGCAUUGCUGUCCGUGCCAAUCUUCAAGCUGCCCGCCGUGCAGCGUAUGCUGCUGGGCGAACAGAAGCUCAAGCAGUCCUAGACAGCCAGCAUAUUAAUUGUGAUUUGUAUUCUUGUUGGCUCAAGCACAAAUUCUAGUCAUUAGUUCUAUAUUUAUUGUUACGUUUUGUUACAAAUAAACGCGAAAAGGUCAGCGACAAAAUUGAAA